GUGCGACUUUUCAGCAGCACUGGUGCUCGCCGUGCGGCUUCGAUACCGGGGUGAUUACACUUAUUAAAGGAAAAAGAGGAAACAAACUGCAAACACUAUUUCGACCGCCAAGAUGAGUCUGCGCGCCGUCAAGGCGGCCUGGAGAGGAGCGGAGCAGCUCAAGCGGCACUGCCACACCGUCAUCAACACCCUGGGCCCGCAGACCCCGCCCGAGGCGUUCCUCUACCGCGGCAAUGCCUACUACGCGCUGGGCAUGCCCUACUUUGCCCUGGCCGACUACAACACAGCCGCCUCGGUGCUGACCCUCUCCGGCGACCAUCAACGCCGCUGCAUGAAGGCAGUGGAUCAGUUUCCAACGACGCAGACAGGCGUGUACCCUGCUCUUGACUCCCACCUGCACAUCUUCGUAAAGCCAAUGUUGUCGAAGUCGUGUGUGGUAGAGCACAUCAACGACGCCGUCGGCCGCGGCGUGCGGGCCGCAGAGAACCUGCCGCGUAACACAACGGUGGUUCAACCAACGAGUCCAUGGAUGUUGUACCCGACGGAGGAAGGCUUAUGUGCGUGUUGCGGCACCGCCUUGCCAGAGCGCAGCUUCGCCUGCGAGAAUAAGGACUGCCAUGAGGAGUACUGCAGUCGGGAGUGCCGGGCAGAGGCCUCGUCGCUUUACCACGCCGCUGUAUGCCACAACAAGGACUUCCAGAGCAUCGAACUGGAUGUGUUCUCGCAGCUGAAGGAUGCGCAAAUGGCGGGUAGGGUGGCGGAGCAAAAUGCCGCCGCGGCGCAGUUGCUGACGCUGCGGCUUGUGGCGGCGGGGCUGCAAAUGCAGGUGGUGCCCUCCGCGCUCGGUCAGGUCCGCAUUUUGUCCGGACGACUCACCUUCAGCCCCGCGGUGCUGUGCGGGUCGAUGCUGCACCUGUAUGAGCGGCUUGCCCGUGCCCUGCACGUCACCACCAUCGUCUCUUACGAGGAGUUUAUCGGGGACUUAGCGCGUGUGACGGCGAACUGCUUCCACCGUGACGGCGGCGUGGAGCUGAACUUGCCGCGCGCUAUGCUGAAUCACUCCUGUGCGGCCAACGUGUCGGAGGAUGCGCGGACAGGGGCCCUCAUUGCCACCCGCGACGUCGCGCGUGGGGAGGAGUUGACGAUUACCUACUACCCUCACCUGAUGCAUCUCCCCUACGCGGCGCGCACGGCUGAGUUGGAAAAGCGCGGGUUUCACUGCAUGUGUGCCAAAUGCGCACGGCGUGAGUAG